CACUCCAAAACAUGGCGGCUGAUCAUAAUGCCUAUUCUCCCGGUUCGAGGACACCGUCUACCUUCCAUCAAAGAAGCCAUUCUCGGUCAGCUUCGUGGUCAUAUACUUCAGGGAAUGGACAAAUCACUCUGGCGCCUCUGAACCCGAUCAGAUCCGUUAUUCGGGAGUUUGUUCCCAGUUUCGGUCAUCGCAGUCCAGGAUCUCGAUCGUCGGCUAGUUCACCUCUCUCUCCUCUCUCCCCUUCAUCUUACGUGAACAUAGCCGAGGUUCUUAGAGACGCAAAUGAUGAAGAAGACACAGGAACGAACAGGAUGUCUAAUUUUACCGCUGUUAACGUAAAUUCUGGUAAUUCGAGCGAAGCAGACGCUGAACAUGGCGAUGCAAACAUGGCGCCGGGAAACUCCAAUUCCUCUGGUAACGGCAGUGGCCGCGCUGCAGGCGACAGAGUAGAAUUUCAGGGAACAAUUUCGUGGUUGGAAAAAAGCCUUCCGUUUGUGAUUUUACUUCUGAGUAGAAUUAUGUGGGAUCAUCGACUAGGUAUUCUGGUGUUCAUCGGCUUAUGUGGGACAUUUCUUCAUGCCAACAGCACUGUCAAAAGACAAGUGUCUUUAAAGGACAGACGACUAAACCGUAUAUCAUUGUGGACUUUCAUUUUUCUGUCUGGGAAUGUGUUCUUUAUUUACUAUGUGUUUUACAACCAACACUUAGAAAACUGUUUAAUUUUUAGGAAGCCAUUCUUCAGUAGAAUGGAUGUGUGGACUGUGUUUUGGUGCGUGGGUAUAACUGAUUUUGUGAUUCGAUUUAUUACAAUGGCCUUAAAAUCCAUGGUGGUUGUGCAACACAGAAAGAUAAUCCCAUUUCGUCGAAGGGGCAAGUAUUACCUGUUGAUAGAAAAUUUCUCGCAUUUGUACCGCAUGCUGGUACCCAUUCCACUGUGGUUUGCCUUUUUCACGGAAUACAACUAUGGAGGAGAGUACUUUGCUGUCAUAGCAACAACAUUAUACUUGCUACUCAAGGCUCGUAUGAUUAUCAACAAAAUUCAAGAAGUGUAUGCUGCAUGCAAAGUUUUUGGCCAUGAUGUGCAAUACGGUUCACCCCCUUCUAAGGAAGAAACAGUAGAGGCGGGAAACUCGUGUCCAAUUUGUCAGGAAGAGCUAAAGGAUCCAAUCAAGCUCCGUGCAUGCAAGCACAUAUUCUGUGAGGACUGCAUAUCCCUUUGGUUUGACCGAGAGCGUACGUGUCCGAUGUGCCGAGCCAAGGUAGUGGCAGACCCUACAUGGAGAGACGGCAGUACAGCCACUUACGUCAUACUCUUUUAAUACGAAUUCGAAUCACUGAAACAUUGCCCUCGGGAUGGCUCCUUUCCUUCGUGGACGAAGCGUAAACGUACAUGUCUAUGGCUGUACAGGUUUCAGGCCACUGAAAUAAAUCUAACCCCAAAGUCAA